AUGUACUGUGAAUGAUGGGGGUACUAAAUACACCUGUACUUGCAGUACCGGUCACACUGGAAUGCAUUGCGAAAUCGACAUGUGUUCGCCAAAUCCUUGUCAAAAUGGMGGAAUAUGUACYGUGAAAGAUGGCGGAACUAACUACUCUUGCACAUGUCUAGUUGACAUUACUGGCAGGAACUGUGAGCUUCAACAUUUAUCAGGAUGGUCGUCUUGGACUGCAUGGAAGCCAUGUGACUGUGGAAGGGUUAAUCGUACUAGGUCCUGUCAAAUUGACCCGUGUGUUGGACCGUCUUUUGACCAAAAGGACUGCACAUACCCAACAAUCAUGACAGAAAAAGGGAAGUGCGCGUUUCCUUUCAUAUAUAAAGGUGUAUGUUACGAUGCCUGUACCGAUUUUGGUCAUUCUACGGAAUGGUGUUCGCUCAACAAGAUUUACCGAAGCUAUCAAUGGGGAAACUGUCCAUAAUUUUAUAAAAAAUCUAUUCUAAUUCAUUUCACCACAAACCAAAGGGAU